AUGGCCGACCGAGUGGUUGCUCUGUACGACGAGAACGGGGAGAAGCGAGACAGGUUCUCCACCAAGCCCGCUGAAAAGGGCCCGAAGAACUACAUUGUCAGAGACCUGUGCUUCAGUCCCGACAGCGCGAGGCUCGCCGUCGCGCAGAGCGACUCCAUCGUUUUCGUCUACAAGCUCGGACUGGAGUGGGGCGAGAGCAAGAGCAUCUGCAACAAGUUCCCGCAGCCGUCCCCGAUCACGUGCAUGUCGUGGCCGGAGGCGAGGCCCAAUGAGGUCGUCUUCGGGCUGGCGGAGGGGAAGGUGAAGAUCGGGCAGCUCAAGUCCAACAGGCCCGCGACGCUGUACAACGUGGACAGCUUCUGCGCGGCGCUGGCGACGAGCCCCGACGGCAACGGGGUGGUGUCCGCCCACGCCGACGGGACCCUCUACAGGUUUCUCUUCGACGACAACGGUGCUCCAUCCCACACGAAGCUCGUCAUACACCCUUCUGUGCCAUUCGCGCUAAGCUGGGGCCUCAGCAUUGUCGCUGCGGGGAACGACGGGCAGGUGGUUUUCUAUGACGCAGACGGCGGUAUGGAGCGCACGUUCGACUACUCGUCGGACCCGUCCUGCAGGGAGUUCACGACGGCUGCGUUCAACCCUACGGGGGAUGCGGUGGUGCUGGGCAACUACGACAGCUUUCACGUUUUCGCCCACAGCCACAGGGCGGGGACCUGGGAAGAAGCCGGCGUCCGCAACGUGGAGAACAUGUACACCGUCACCUCGCUCGGCUGGCGGGCGGACGGGUCCCGUCUCGCCGUCGGCUCCCUUUGCGGCUCCGUAGACGUCUACGACGCGUGCGUCAAACGGACGAGGUACAAGGGGCGCUUUGAGCUGACGUAUGUGAGUCUCAGCCAGGUCAUCGUGAAGCGCCUGUCGAGCGGGUCGCGUAUCGUGCUCAAGAGCCACUUCGCGUGCGAGAUUUUGAGGGUUAACAUCUACCAGGACAGGUAUGUGGUCGCAAACACGACAGAAACGCUUCUUCUUGGGGACCUGGAAACCCUCAAGCUGUCCGAAAUCCCGUGGCAGACCCGCAGUGGCCGGGGCGGGGGGGUGGGCUUUGGGGGCAGCGACGCAUCGGUUUCGGCGUCGGCGGCAGCCGCUGCCACUGAGAAGUUCAUCUUCGAUUCUCCCUCUGCUGCCCUGGUGUACCACGCCAGCGAGCUCAGCAUUGUGGAGUACGGCCGGAACGAGGUGGGCAAGGCGGGGGGGGGG